ACAACAGUUGUGUAGCUACCAGUAGCCUUCUAUCUCAUUUUCUCAAAGAAAAUGCAAGAAUAUUUUGCCCUUCAAUUUGCUGUAAUAUUUAUUAAAAUUUAUAUCAAAUGAAAUUAAUUUACUAGUUUACAUUCUACUUAUAAAUAAUUUCAAUUUAUUUCUUGGUAUUUCAUGUUUUUAUUGUUACUUUUAUGUAUCUCGCCAGUACUUUCAAAAAGUUAUGUCAACAAACUCGUUUUCUUACAAUCGCUAAUAUUGACUUCGGCUAUUCAAAAUCAAUUAUGCAGUUUCAACUUAAAGAACUAUCUUAACAAUAUAAGACCUACUGUAAAAUGUAUUGAUUCAAAAAGUACAUCAUAUGAAUUUAGUGUAUUAUCAUAUAAUAUUUUGGCCCAAUACUUACUUGAAAAGAAUUCUUUUUUGUAUGAUUGGUCAGAUUUGCGUGUGUUAAGUUGGGAAUAUCGAAAGCGAAUUCUUCUUGAUGAAAUUAAAAAAUUUAAUGCUGAUAUUAUAUGUUUCCAAGAAGUUCAAGAAUCCCAUUUAAACUGGUUUUUUAAGAAUUUAUUAGAUUUAGGUUAUAAUGGAGUGUACAAACAACGAACUAGAAAUCACGGAGAUGGUUGUGCAAUUUAUUAUAAAAAUGAUAAAUUUUUACUAAAAGAAAAAGUUACUGUUGAAUAUAAUCAACCUGGAAUUAGUGUACUUGAUCGUGAUAAUGUAGGUAUUGUGCUGAGAUUGUCACCACGUCAAAAUGAACAAGAAAAUGUGAUAGUAUCCACUACACACAUACUGUACAAUAAAAAGAGACAUGAUGUAAAGUUAGCUCAAGUACACAUACUGCUUGCUGAAAUUGAAAGAGUAUCUUAUAAAGGAUUUAACAAUGUUGGUGGUCGUAUUAUUCCUAUCUAUCAUCCAAUUAUACUGACUGGUGAUUUUAACUUAGAACCUAAUACAGCUGUUUAUAAUUUCUUAAUUAAUGGUGCUCUGAACUAUAGUGAGUUACAAAAACCUACACUAUGGCCACAAACUCAUAAUAGUGGAAGAUUAGAAAUGGGAAAUGAGCUAAUCCCUCAAAGAUUGGGCAUAACUGAAAAUAGUCAACAUGCCCAUAUAUUAGACUUGAGAACUUCAAAUAAUCAUGAGCGACAAACUAAUGAUAGCUUGUACUCAAAGUUAUAUCAUAGUGAAAGAAAAAAUGAUCAACAAUGGUCAUCAAAUUCUAAAUAUGAUCAUUGCACUGGAAACUUAUAUCACAAUUUAAAAUUUGCUUCUGUGUAUAGUGAUAGAAGUUGUUCUACUUAUCAUGAUAAGUGGAUCAUAGUAGAUUAUAUAUUUUAUACACAUAAAAGCUUAAAAUUGAAAUCUUACACAAAACUACCAUUUGAAGACGAAUGUCUAAGGUUGCCACCAAUGCCAAAUAAAGUUAGUCCAUCUGACCAUUUACCUCUGUUUGCUGUUUUUGCUUGUCCUAUGAACUGAUGUUUAUCAGUUAUGGUCUAUUUAUGUUUUGUAAUAUAUAUAUCACCAUAUUUGAAUAUAUUUUAUAAAAAUAUAUUAUUAAAUUUUGUGUUCUAUAUUAAUUUAAUAAUAGUUUUUAAUAUUA